AUGGAAUUCGUUUUAGUUACAACGAAUAUUUCGACUCCAGAGUCUAGUCGGAGCGGUUCGGUUAUGAAGUUUGGCGACUAUAGAGAAGAUGAUCAAAAACUUGAUGAAGCUGUUUCAUUACCGUUGGAGAAGGAAUUUCUUGGAAUUGCUUCCGACUCUGAUGAUGAAGAUCAGGCAUUGUUGGAUGGUUUUAACGCUUUGAGCGCACGUCAUCGCUUAUUGUCGCAUGAAUUUUGCACAAAAGUUAUUCUUGACCAAGAUCAACAGAGAGCGUUGCAACUGGUUAUCGGUUUGCACGUCUCAGAGGAAAAUCCUUGGAAACAAAUUCGAAAAGAAACUCUCCUUUGUUAUCUGCCUGACGAUGAAAAUGCGAAGCCAGAACAAGUCGAGUUACGUUUAAAGUUACUUGAACUCGCCGACGAUGCUUUCUUAUUGGCUGGAUUCGCCGCGGCAAUAACCGAUAUUGAUAACACUGAUACUUUUUUAUUUUACGCUGAUCCAGAAUCGGCAAAAGAAUCGGUCAGUCUUAUACAGCGUUUGGAAGCAUUCGAACGACAGCGCAUAAAUAAAACCAUUUUUAAGUACCCACGACCAUGGAAAAACUUGGGAAGUGAUGCAGAAGUUGAUCUACAAGUUGAAACAAAAUCAAGAGAUAAACUUGAAGUUGAAGUUCAACGUUUAUGCGCGAAUAAUAAAACACCGUAUAAACUUUCAUUUCGCUUCGCGGAUGAUGUUCGUGAUGGUUAUGUAGAAUUAGUGCCAAAACACAAAAAUUUUGAUGUUAUAACGCGGAGCAGAGUUUCAAUCGGUAUUCAGUCAGCCGCACAACUCGUCGAAAGUGAACAACAAACUGAUCCUACAUUUCCGGCAAAUGCCUGGUCUCAAUAUUCAUAUGAACUACCCAUCGAUCCCAACCAACCUGAAGAAAGCGUCGAAGGCAAUGAUGAGACUGAAGUGGAAGCUUCUAGUGUUGAUCAAGAUGAAGAGGAAAAAUCUAAAGAUUUCAUUGGCCCUUCCGAUGCAAUGAAAGAACUGAUAAGAGUAUUGGAAUUCAAUGCCAUUGACAUGUACAGAGACGAUUAUGAGCAAAUUGCUUCCAAAUCAAUUACACAGUACAUAGAGCCCGUCAUCACGGAAGUGUUUUGUUUUAUCGAUCCAAAGAGAUGCACCGAUCGUGUUGUUAGUGCAUUCGCAUGGCAUCCAAACUUAUCUGGAAUUUUUGUCGCAUCUUAUACAUAUAAAGCAUUGAAUACAUUUGCAAAAGAUGAAAAAAUCAGUGACGACGAAAUGAAUAAGCGAUCAGUAAUGUUGUCAAAUCCGGUUCUUAUGUGGUCAUUCGAUGAUACUCUGUAUCCAAAAUUAAUAUUGGAAUCAUCUCGCGAAGUAACCUUCUUGUCAUUCUGUCCUUACGAUGCCAACAUAUUGAUUGGUGGCCUAAUAAACGGUCAGUUGAUAAUUUGGGAUUUAAACAAUUGUUUAAAUCGUGUUGAAAAUCCCACUGAAUUAACCGAAAAGCAAGAAAGGAAUCGUAAAAAGAUGCACUCGUUUAUGAAAUGGUCAAAAUUUGCGGAGAAUUUACAACAAAAUAUUGUUCGGGCAUCAGCAAUUUCUCAUGUUCAACUGUCACACAAAAAACCAAUUACCAGUAUCAAGUGGUUAAAUCGUAAGCACUGUGUAGCUUCAUCGGGAUUAAUUGGCGAAACCAUCAAGCCGAAUGAAUUUUAUCGGCAAUUUGUGUCUGCAAGUUUGGAUGGAACCGUUCUAUUUUGGGAUCUUGAUUUUAUGAACACUGAUAUUGCGCCAAGUGAAUUGAAGCGAACCGACACCAAAAAACAGCUACCGCAACGUGUGAUAGCCGCAGAAUAUGUUUCACCUUAUGAAAAAUUAAAUGGAGUUUUUCAACCAAUUUACGCAGCAGCAUGUGAACAACCAAUCUCAAGUUUGAUAUUCGAUGAAGGACUAUUCAGGUAUGAACCAAAAAGUGCGGUUGAAAACGUUCAAAUCGAACAGAGAACUGAGUUCGACGUCAUACAUGAGCAACAAGAGAAAGCAAGCAAUCGCCUAGUCAUUUCAUCCUUAUUGGGUUCAAUAGCUACAUUCAUUUGGGAAGGCUUUCUGUAUAAAGAAGGAAAACCGGAAAAAGCCAAACAGAUAGAAUCAUAUGCAACAAUCCACAAUGGUCCAGUUUUAUCAAUUGAACGUAAUCCAUUUAUGUCCAGUAUAAAUUUGUCUGUAGGAAAAGAUUUAUUUGCCGUUUGGAGUGAACUCAAUCAAUCGGCACCGGUUCUUUGGAGACGCCGUGAAACUAAUAUUACUUGUGCGCAGUGGAGUCCAACACGAAUAUCAUUGUUUUUUGUUGCUCGAUAUGGUGGAAUAAUUGAACUAUGGGAUCUUCUAACUCGUACCGAUGAAGCUUGCAUUACACAUGAUGCUGGCACAAAUAUAAUUACAGUCAUAUCACAGCAUAGAUUGAGUCUUCCAACUGAUGUCCUAAUGAUUGCCGAUGAAAAAGCAAACUUGAGAGCAUUUACAUUGCCAACCAUUUCGCAACCCAUUGAAGAUGAUCAUGAUAAAUUUAAAGAGUUUAUCAAUAUGGAAUUGAGGCGAAAGGAAGAAUUUAAUAAGUGGCAAGAAUCGCUAACUGAAAAGAACGGAGACUUUUUAGAAGAAACGAAGCAACUUUUACGAGAAGAGUCUCGAAGAACUUUACAAUCACCAAUGCCACCGCAAUCGGAGAAAGAAUCCAAAGUUAAAGAUGAAAAGAGGCAUAGUAGCGUUGGUGUUAGAUCAAAGUCUGUCACGCAAAAUGCGAAAUCAAAACAUGUUUUUGAUUAUUCUGAACGUUUGCACAAAAAAUGGGAAGAAAUGAUGGUUAAAAAAAUGAUGAAAACUAUGCUACGUUUGAAAAGAUUUGAUCCCGAACAAAUCGCAAUGAAAAUUAAGCCAGAAAGAGAUCGACAAGCAUAUAAUGUUGAAAAGAAACGAGCAAUUGAUGAAAACUUCAAAAAAAUUCAUCAAGAAAUUUGCGAAAUCAGAGCCAGACUUAUUCCACCAAAAGAUGUCGAUCAAGAGGCUGAAAGACUCAAUUUUAUCACAUCAAAUGUGGAAAAUAUAUUGAUGAGUAUUGGCGAUCGGUUCCAAUAUACCGAGCUUCAAAAAAAGCUGGAAAUUUCCAAAACAAAUAUGAUUGAAAUAAAAUGGAAUGAGUUGAUUGAUCAAGCACAAAUCACACGCUCCAAGCGCAGUAAGAGUAUAUUUGAAGAGAGACGAAGGGCAUACCUGGAGAAAGCAGCAUCAAUUGAGGCACAAAUAGAGGAGAAUAAAUGAGGCAACUGCUCAUAGCUUCUAACCGAGGGGUCUAAUUUUUGAAAUAGAAAAAAACGGAAAAAGCCUGGAAUUCGGAUAGAAUAGUCACAAAAAAUAAGAAAUUACCCCUUUACAAUUUUGAAUUUUUUGAAAUUUCCACAUACCCCUCUUGGAACGCGAACGUCACAAGCCAUGCAACUGUUAUAUUUGGAUGCAAUAACAUUUUGAUAUUUUUUAUUCUGUACAAACUUCUUUUCAUGUCAACACUCUUUUGAGUUAAUUAAUCGCAUUGUCCAAAGCACUGUUUGGUUCGGAUUUUAUCUAUGUCGAAACGCCGCAAAAUGAAAUUCACACUAUUUAUAUCAAAUACCAUACUUUUUGAAAUUAGCUCGAUACGUACAUCUCGAUUUGGGUAUAUUUUUGAAGACUGCCUGCUUGAAUUGUGCCUGCUUGAAUUGUAACAAUGAAAUCGUAUACAAGCUCUUUCGUAUGUAUGUUUAUUUAUAUUCAUAUUUUUCAUUAGCUUUCAGAUUUCAGAACGAGUGCAUUCCAACGGAACCUGUACUCCAACAUAUAUUUUUUUUUCUUUACAAAACAACGAACAUUGCAAUAAAAUUCAAAUUCCAUAGAAGUUUUAUUUCCAAAAGACAAUAAAAACAGCAUAUUUACGGGAAUCUUCAAUGAACAGAAAAUAUUAUUUAGUUGGACUAAAAAUUGAUCGUCCAAACC